ACAAAAAGAACGUUUGUUAAACCCUUCUCUCAGAGAGAGAGAGAGAGAGAAAGAGAGAGAGAGUUGCAAUUGAGAGAGAAGCAGAGCACUAGAGCAGUAGCCUAGCAGGUUCAAUUUCUUCCACCUCUCUUCUUCGCUUGAACAUACGUAUACAUAAGCCGGUUGGUUUGAAUUUGUGGAUUAGUGAGGAUGGUUGAGACGCUGUUUCAAGAUAUCUUUAGGGUGGUAGGGCUGGACCCAGAUGGUAAAAAGUUCGACAAAGUUACUCGUAUUGAAGCCAAGAGCGAGCAGUUUGACAUGUACAUGCAGCUAGACGUAAAUACAGAUAUAUAUCCUUUGCAUGAAGGGGACAAAUUUAUGAUGGUACUGGCAUCCACACUCAACUUGGAUGGAACACCUGAUACUGGCUACUUUACUCCGGGUGGGCGGAAAUCCCUUGCAGACAAAUUUGAAUAUGUUAUGAAUGGGAAGCUAUAUAGAAUUUCAGAGGAAGGUUCAGGAGCAAAUCUUAAGGCGGACAUUUAUGUUUCUUUUGGUGGAUUGCUGAUGAUGCUGAAGGGGGAUCCCUCCAUUGCUGCUAAGUUUGAGCUUGAUCAGAGGUUGUUUAUCUUGAUGAGGAAGGCGGACAGGCAGUAGUCAUAUUUCUUUGGCUUGUACAAGUCUACUCUUCCUAUUAAUAACACCACUGCAGGGCAAUAGUAGUCAGAUAACGGUGUUGUUGAAAUGUUAUGUUUUCUCCAUUGUUCAUGAAAUGAUUGUUUGCCUCGCACUGGAAGUUUGAAAACCUCUUGUGAAUAUCAUCAGUUUGUGACAAUAAGCUGUGUUGGGUUUUUUUAGGCACGUCAUAUAUUAAGAGCUAAUUAAGUCUUGUUGUUCGGGCUA